UUGUCAAGAAGAUGGCGGCUUCCUGGGCGGCAUGAAAGGAUGUAGAGCUACCAAUAUUGGCAGUGAUAGAAAUAUCCAGGGUUGAAUUUUAUGACUGAGUACCACCCACAAGACAAAUUAAUUAUUAUAACAACCCGAAACGACAAUGUCUUCUGGCACCACGUCUGGGACAUCUGGCACGGUUCUACAGCCUCGAUGGAAGCGGGUGUUGGGUUGGUCUGGCCCAGUGCCUCGGCCUCGCCAUGGCCAUCGAGCUGUUGCAAUCAAGGAAUUAAUGGUGGUAUUCGGUGGAGGCAAUGAAGGGAUUGUGGAUGAAUUGCACGUAUACAACACAGCUACAAACCAGUGGUUCAUCCCUGCUGUCCGUGGUGAAAUCCCCCCUGGAUGUGCAGCAUAUGGAUUUGUCUGCGAUGGCACCAGGCUGCUUGUUUUUGGUGGAAUGGUGGAAUAUGGGAAAUACAGCAAUGAUCUUUAUGAACUGCAGGCAAGUAGAUGGGAGUGGAAGCGACUCAAACCAAAAGCACCCAAGAAUGGGCCACCUCCAUGUCCCAGACUGGGGCAUAGUUUUUCUCUUGUUGGAAACAAAUGCUAUUUGUUUGGAGGACUUGCAAAUGACAGUGAAGACCCCAAAAACAAUAUUCCCAGAUACCUGAAUGACCUGUAUACUCUGGAGUUGCGGCCAGGUUCUAAUGUGGUUGGCUGGGAUAUUCCCAUCACAUAUGGGGUAUUGCCUCCACCACGUGAGAGCCAUACAGCUGUGGUCUACACAGAAAAGACCUCAAAGAAGUCUCGCCUGGUUAUAUAUGGCGGCAUGAGUGGUUGCCGCCUAGGAGACCUGUGGACCCUUGACAUAGAUACACUUACUUGGAACAAGCCAAACAUCAGUGGAACAGCCCCUUUGCCCCGCAGUCUCCAUUCUGCCACCACCAUUACCAAUAAGAUGUUUGUUUUUGGAGGAUGGGUUCCCUUGGUGAUGGAUGAUGUGAAAGUAGCCACACAUGAGAAGGAGUGGAAGUGCACCAACACACUGGCCUGUCUCAACCUGGACUCGAUGUCCUGGGAGACCAUUUUAAUGGACACACUAGAGGACAACAUACCCAGAGCCAGGGCUGGACAUUGUUCUGUCGCCAUCAACUCAAGGCUGUAUGUCUGGAGUGGCCGAGACGGUUACCGUAAGGCCUGGAACAACCAGGUGUGCUGCAAAGACCUCUGGUACCUGGAGACUGAGAAACCCGCGCCCCCAGCCCGAGUGCAGCUGGUGCGUGCCAACACCAAUUCCCUGGAGGUGAGCUGGGGUGCCGUGUCCACUGCCGACACCUACCUGCUGCAGCUGCAGAAGUACGACAUCCCCGCAGCCAGCACCGCCGCCACCUCCCCGGCCCUCAGUGUCACCCCAUCACUGCCAGGCAACUCCCCCAAGAGCCCAAUACCCGCUGCAGCUGCCCCCUCCUCCCAGACUAUGCCUAGCAUCACACUGGUGCCACAGGUGUCCUCACCCACUACCACCAUGCCAGGGAGCCCUCUGGCAGCAGCGUCUCCGCGUGGUCCAGCCAUUCUGAAAGUUGCUGCCCCUCAUUCGACCACAGGAACUUCCAUCGUUACUGUGCGACCGGCCGCUCAAGGAGGGAAGUCCCCAGUCACUGUUACAUCACUUCCUGCUGGUGUGCGCAUGGUGGUUCCUGCACAGAGCACCCAAGGAACAAAGCCCAUUGGCACCAGCCCACAGAUGAGUGGCAUGGCAGCCCUGGCAGCCGCCGCCGCUGCCACCCAGAAGAUUCCGCCCUCCUCCACGGUGCUCAACAUGCCCGCAGGCACCAUUGUUAAGACGAUGGCCAUGACACCAGGCUCCACCACUCUUCCUGCCACAGUCAAAGUAGCAUCGCCGGUCAUGGUGAGCAACCCGGCCACUCGAAUGCUGAAAACAGCUGCCGCCCAGGUGGGCACGUCUGCCAUCUCCACCUCCAACACGGGCACCCGACCCAUCAUCACUGUGCACAAGUCCGGCACAGUCACUGUGGCCCAGCAGGCCCAGGUGGUCACCACCAUGGUUGGGGGAGUCACUAAGACCAUUACCCUGGUGAAAAGCCCCCUCACUAUGGGAGGAGGUGGCACACUGCUCUCCAGCCUGGGAAAGGUGGUUUCAGUGGUGCAGACCAAGCCUGUGCAGACUUCAGCAGUAACAGGCCAGGCAGGCUCCAAUCCCCUCACCCAGAUUAUUCAGACAAAGGGUCCUCUCCCUGCUGGCACCAUCUUGAAGCUAGUGACCUCUGCCGAUGGCAAGCCCACCACUAUCAUCACCACCCAGGCAGGAAGCACAGGCAGUAAGCCCACCAUCCUCAACAUCAGUGGCAUGUCCCCAACCACCACCUCCAAGCCUGGCACCACGAUCAUCAAGACCAUCCCUAUGUCGGCCAUCCAGGGCGGAGCUACAGCUCUGUCUCGCAUUUCUGCAGGGGUGACGAGCAGCCCAGGGAUGAAAUCCCCCAUCACUAUCUACACCACCAAGAUGGUGACCCCUGGAACAGGCACUCCUGGCAAGAUCAUCACUGCUGUGCCCAAACUGGCAGCAGGCGCAGGGCAACAAGGGGUCACCCAGGUUGUUCUUAAAGGGGCACCUGGACAGCCCGGCACCAUUUUGCGCACUGUGCCCAUGGGUGCUGGAGUUCGCUUGGUCACCCCUGUGUCAGUUUCUGCCGUCAAACCAACUGUUACCACCCUUGUUGUGAAGGGAACCACAGGUGUGACUACUCUUGGCACAGUUACUGGCACUGUGUCGACAAGCCUCGCUGGCGGAGGUGUUGCAAGCGCCAAUGCUUCCCUGGUGACGCCUGCCACCACUCUUGGCGCCAUAGCAACCCUGUCCAGCCAAGUGAUCAGUCCUUCCUCCAUUACUGUGUCGCCAGCACAGACCAGCCUGACCUCUGCCUCCAUGCAGCCCACUCAGGUGACUCUGAUCACCACGCCUAGUGGGGCAGAGGCGCAGCCCGUGCAAGACCUGCCCGUCUCCAUCCUGGCCUCCCCCACUUCGGAGCAGCCCUCCACCACCGGCGCCGAGACUAGCGAAGCCUCCUCGGGUAACGUCACUCUGGUCUGCUCUAACCCGCCCUGUGAGACCCACGAGACAGGCACCACUAAUACCACCACCACAGCCAGCUCCAACAUCGGAGUGGAGCGCGUGUGUUCGAACCCGCCGUGCGAAACCCACGAGACUGGCACGACCAACACCGCCACCACCGCUUCGGCCAACAUCGGCGUCCAAAGGGUGUGCUCCAACCCACCCUGCGAGACCCACGAAACCGGCACCACCAACACCACCACCACGUCCAGUUCCAACAUGGGCCAGGCACAGGGGGGCAACACCAGCUCUACAAACAGCACAGGCACUCAGCAAGUGUGCUCCAACCCGCCUUGCGAGACCCACGAAACGGGAACCACCAACACGCCCACUCAGUCCUUCUCCAGUAUGGGUCCCCCACAGAAUGGCGCGGUCCAGCAAGUCUGUUCAAACCCGCCUUGCGAGACGCACGAGACUGGCACCACCAACACGCCGUCAACGGCCACCUCCAACAUCGCUGGCUCUGUGCAGAGAGUGUGCUCCAACCCGCCGUGUGAAACGCAUGAAACGGGAACUACCAACACCACCACAACAGCCACCAGCAGCUUAGAGACGGGAGAGGAUGCAGCCCAGCAGAGCGGAGAGGUGACUCCGGGCGAAGGCAGUUCCAGCACUGCUGCCUCCUCCGUCUCCUCCUCCUCCACCGUCUCCUCCUCCUCCUCCUCCUCAGCAGCCGAUUCCACCAGUGUCACCACCCAGAGCAGAGCCAUCACCACAGUGACACAAUCCACACCCACACCAGGCCCGUCUGUCCCAGAGAUCUCUUCCAUGACCACCUCAUCAGGGCAAGAGAUGAGCCAGGAGCCCAUGGACCAGUCGGGGUCUGAGGCAGUCACUUCCACAGACGAGCCCAUGCAGACGGACCUCGGAGAGGAAGCAGGCGUCCGAGUAGUGGCCCUGGACGAGGCCAGUUCAGCCGGCGCCAGUGCCAUGCUGCAAGUCCAUGUGGCAAUGGAAGCCCAGCCUGGACAGGGAGAACAGGGAGCAGAGGGUGCAGCCGAAGCAGAAGCCGUUGGCAUGGCAGCCCAGGACACAGGUGCUCUGGCGUUGCCCCAGGAGCUGAUGUCUGAGGGCCAGCCCACCACUCUGAUGGUGACCGGCUUGACACCAGAGGAACUGGCAGUGACUGCAGCAGCGGAGGCUGCCGCUCAGGCUGCAGCCACCGAAGAGGCCCAAGCCCUAGCCAUCCAGGCAGUGCUGCAGGCUGCCCAGCAGGCCGUGCUCAAUGAAGGUGACCAGGCCCAGGAUGGCCAGCAGCCCACCACCAUCCCCAUCGUCCUGACUCAGCAGGAGCUGGCCGCCCUGGUGCAGCAGCAGCAGCUCCAGGAGGCUCAGGCCCAGGCCCAGGCUGCCGCAGCCGCCGCUGCCCAGCAGCUCCGCACAGAGCAGGCUGCAGCAGCAGCAGCCGCAGCCCUCCCCACAGAAGGCCUGGCCCCCGCCGACAGUCUCAAUGACCCAGCCUCCGAGAGCAAUGGGCACGAGAUGGCCACCUCAGUCACAGGCGCUGUGGCCCAGCUGCUUCCAAGCACCUCAGCCGAGACUCUUGCUCCCUCGAGUACUUUUGCUCCAUCCCAGCCAAUGGUGGUGGCGAGCCCUGCCAAGAUGCAGGCAGCUGCUGCCCUCGCUGAGGUGGCCAACGGCAUCGAGUCUUCAGCAGGGAAACAAGAAACUCCACCGACCGUAGCCAAAGCCCCAGUCAAAAAGGAAAAUCAGUGGUUUGAUGUGGGAAUCGUGAAGGUGACGAAUAUGGUCGUCACACACUACUACAUGCCAACAGAUGACUCCGCUGUCACAGAUGAUGACUCUGGGACCAUUCCUGACUACAGCCAAAUGAAGAAGGUUGAGCUGCAGCCUGGCACGGCUUACAAGUUUCGUGUGGCUGGCAUCAACAACUGCGGCAGAGGCACGUUCUCUGAGGUGUCUGCCUUUAAAACCUGCCUGCCUGGCUUCCCUGGAGCACCCUGUGCCAUCAAAAUCAGCAAGAGCCCAGAUGGCGCACACCUGACGUGGGAGCCUCCGUCAGUGACCUCAGGGAAGAUCAUCGAGUACUCUGUGUACUUGGCCAUCCAGAGUUCGCAGACCACCGAGCCUAAGGCCUCGGCACCAGCCCAGCUGGCCUUCAUGCGGGUGUACUGUGGGGCAAGUCCCUCCUGCCUGGUGCAGUCCUCCAGCCUGUCCAACGCACACAUUGACUACACCACAAAGCCCGCCAUCAUCUUCCGCAUUGCUGCGCGCAACGAGAAAGGCUAUGGCCCAGCAACGCAAGUCCGAUGGCUGCAAGAAACCAGCAAAGAUGGAUCUGCUGCAAAACCUGCCAUGAAAAGACCAGUUGGCUCACCUGACAUGAAAACUGCUGGUCUGAAGAAAGCCAGAUCAGAUCAGUGAGGGAGCUUGCCCCCUCCAUCUUGUCCAGGACCAUGACUUGUUUUCCUCUCGAAUACCAAGCCCAACACAAACACACUCCACCCCCAGCCACCCACGACGACAAAAAUAUAUUUAAAAAAAAUGAAGAAAAAAAAAAAAAAACAAUGAAAUUUGAUGUGAGAACCUUACCCCUCUUCCUCCCAUCACUGAACAUUGUGGUGCCAUGGACGCCUUAUCUAAACUGUAUUUUUAAAAGUCAUUAUUAAUGUCACUUAAGAAAAAAAAUGAAAGAAGAAAGUUAAAAGCACAUACUUACUUUUGCUUAUUUUCCUGAAAAUUUUGUGAUGAAAAUCAAAUGGCAAUGCUCUGUUGUAGUUUCAACUGUAUUACUAGUUUGUCAUUUUCUCUUCCAUAUCCUUUUUUUUUUUUUUUUUAGCUUAUUCAGUACAAGCAAUAGAGGAAGGAAAAAAAACAAUAUCUGCUGUCAGUUCAUCGAUAUUUUUUUACAUUUACUGGAUAUGUCUGUAAAUUUCAAUGGGGGUGGCUGUGUUGAUAUGGAAGAAUGGUGUUGGAGGUUGUACAGACAAGCUGAGGAGUCACAUCCAAACGGAAAACAAACACUUGCACUUGCAGAUGGUUCACCCAAGGCAGAGGGGGAAAAAAGACUUUUUUUCAUUUUAAAAACUCUGUAGUCAUACAUGAAACCAGAGUCCUGUAGCCCUGUUAUAUUGCAUCACUGUGUGUUCAUACAUUACUGAAUGGAGCUGAUUAGAAGGACUGUACCAUUUCAUACUGAGGAGGAAAGGACUUUGAUUCAUAUAGAUGGGGAGGUUCAAGACUUUUGCAUUGCAUAUGGAGAGAAAAAAAAUCUUAAUCUUGUAUAAAGAAAAAUGAAAAAUUCCAAAAAUUAGCAAAUUGUGAUGCAAAAGUUCUCUGUGUGGUUUAUUUUUGUAUUGUUCUUUUCUUUUUAAAAAAAAAAAAAAAAAAAAAAAAAGCUCUUUUCCCCCCUCUUCAUUGUGUAUGUGUGCUUCGGGGCAACAUUUUUAGAAGUCUCACGCUUUACCCACCCCAAAAGCUCUGCUUACCUACUCAUUCUCCUAGUUUCCAUAUGCUUGUUCGAGAUGGUGGCUAUCUCAGGAGCCAGUGUUUUUACAACCAUGUUCAACUGAGGAUUUGAGUCGGAGUGGGAGUUUUUCUUUCUUUUUUUGUAUAAUUUGUGUUGUAUUGUUAUUUGUACAAAACUUAACAAUACAAAAGGAUCCACAAGGAAAGGCUUUAGAUUAUUUUUGAUUACUGUUGGACUGUCGAGUCUUUUUUUCUGAUGGGGGAAAAUCACAUUAUGUUCAUUGUUUUCAUCUACCCCUUCUGUUGAUAGUAGUCUAUUUUCCAUCAGACCCACUUUCUAUGUCUGAAUGUUACAUGAUUCCCCCCAAAGUUUCUAGAUAACUGGUUUCUUUUUUUUUUCUGGAGAAAAUGUCUAAGCAUUCAGUCUUUUUAGGUUGUUUGUGACUUUGCAGAUGAUGUUUUGGGAUGCAAGUCUGUAUUGUGAUGGAAAUGUUUCCCAGAGGUUAAACUUGUAUGUCUUUUUGAAUGGAUCUGAGAAACAUGGUUUUUUGUUUUUUCGCAUUUGGAAAUGAGUGACAGAUGAUGGAAAUAGCCAGAGUUUGAGCUCAGUUGUAAAUUAGUUCUUUCACGUAGCAAGAGGUAAGAAAAACAAAACAAACAAACAAAAAAAAAGAAAUCGCCUUUUUUAUAUAAUUAUCUGUAACAAACUGUUUUUACAUGUUGGUCAUCUAUUGAUUGCUUUUUGUGUCUUGACAUAUAAAAGAAAUGGAAAUCUGUCUUU